AUGUCGAUAGAUAUACAGUUAAAAGAUCUUGCAAUUAUAUGUCGAGGUUGCUUAGCUUCCAGUGGCGAAAUGAAAAACAUGAUUCAGUGGGGUCUUGUUGAGGAUUUCUGUAGGCUCACAAAUAUUCAGAUAAAUAGAACUGAUGAGAUAUCACCAUUACUUUGUCAUAACUGUGAAGAAGUCAUAUUAAAGUGCAGAAAAUUUAUCUCCCAAUGUCGUGAAUCUGAUUUGUUUUUGAAAAAUGUGAAGAAAGAAUCAACAUCAAAAAAUACUGGAGAUUUGAGUAAGGAGAACACUGUGUCUUUGACGUUUGAGCAUGACAAUUUGUAUAUUGACAUAUCAGCACCAAAUAUGGAAACAAAGAUUUAUUUACCAUGUCCAAUGUGUUGUGAGAGAUUCCAAAAAAGGACAGACUUAUCAAAUCAUUUGAGCAAACGACAUAAAAAAGAUGUUAUUAUAAAUCAAAGAUAUUAUUGUUAUGAAGAAUCUUGCAUUUAUAAAAAGGGGUCGGAUAAUAAUAAAUAUUUCUCCGGAAGAAAGUAUUUAAAUCAACACAUGUAUAAAGUACAUAAAGACAAAAUGAUCUUUUGUAAUAAUUGUAACUCAAACUUUUCAAAUGAUGCAGAGUAUAAAAGACAUGUGCAGACAUGCAAUUAUAUAUAUAUUUGUCAAGUUUGCAAUAGAGAGUUUAAAACUAAUGAUCGAUUAUUAGUACAUUUAUUGAGGAAACAUCCAGAAAUUCAUAAACAAUAUAAAAAUGAAAGGGCACAGAAGAGAAAACAAAUUAUGAGUUCGAACUCAAAAAAAAUUAGAGUUGAGUCCGAUACGGAUAUAUGUGACAGUCCGAAAAGGUCGUUCGCAACUCAAACAUUGUUGGAAAAUAUUAAAAACGAUGUAACUCUAUCUUGGCAACCAGAUAAGUUUGGCACUAAGAAAGAUGAAAUAUCAACUCAAACGGUUUUUGAAGAUUUAUUGUCAUUGAAAACUCAAAAUAGUGAGGAUGAGUCGAUUUUCUUUUCUGAAACCAUGUCCGAUAUACAAACUCAAACCAUACCGUUUGAGUUUGGUUUGAGUCGGUCUAACAAAGAAACUAUUACUUCACAAACUCAAUCACCCGAUUUGAGUAUAAAAGAAACUCAAACAUGUUUCUGUUUGUCGAAAACAUUCAAAUGUGACAACUUUUUAAAUAAUUUUUGUACGACGUCCACAGAAACUCAAACUUUAGAUUUACGCGCUCUAGACUCAGAUUUACUGAGUUUCAACUCAACCGAAACUCAAACUUGCUUUGACGAUGACAUGAAUAAAGAUUUA